GGACGAUGCACAAAUAUUGCAACUUUGCUCCUGCUUAGAGUAUAUAUCCUUCAUUAAGCCUAUUGGAAUUGUUAAGCAAUAAAUAAGUAGGAAUCUACGGUCGUUCGUCGAUCUUUAUAAGUUCGGUCGAUUUACGUGCCACGACCGACGUCACAAAACUAUGGAAGCCGCAUGUUUAUUCCAUUUAUGUUGAAUUAAGCAGUUCAAAUUUCCCAGUUCUGUUAAGCCUAUUAAUGGCGCGUCUUUUAAGACCGAGUGUCGUCUGAUUUUGUCUUCGUGGCAGAAUGCUCGUUCAAACUCUUCAGUAAUGACAGAAGUCCAUUCCACAAAUUCUCCUGGGGAGCCUGAUGCUUCAGAAGCUGAAAAAUUACAGCCAUUGGAAAGUAUAUCUGAGUUAAAAGAAGGAGAUGGUAAUGUUGUGAAAUUGACAACUAAAGAUUUAGAAAACCUUGAAAAAAUACAAGCAGAGUUAGAUAAUUUGACAUCGUAUUUUCCUCAUAAAGAACAAAGUGUUGAUUCUAAUUUGAAAUUAGAUGAACAAACUAAUAAACAAAAAAUUUCAAGUAAUGUGAAAAAUGUAAAACCUGUAGUGAAAAGUCAAAAUACAGAGCAGUGUAAAAUAAUGAAUAUGGUUAGUGACAAUGCUUCAGUAAAUAAUGUGAUAUCUUCUACUGGAGUAUCUUCAGGAAUAACUAAAACUAAUGAUUGUACUGUAACAACUGGUGUUUCUGCUAGUUCUGAAAUCAAGCAGUCAUUACUGUUUGUUCCAAAGCAUGUUUCAAGUACUAUUCCAAUUGUAUUGCAAACUCAAAAUUCUUCAGUUAAAAGUACAGCUACUAUAUCUUCUUUGCAGUCUGUCCCAUGUGUUAGCAAACCAAAAGAAAUGAUCAAAACUGAGACAGUUCUAAAUUCUGGAAUCCAGUCCUCUCAAAUAUCAAAUCCUGUCGGAAGUCAUCUUACAACAAUAAAAGGUACUGAAGUUAAGGUAAUUGUAUCACAAGCAAUUAGUCCUACUCAAACAGCUUUAGUUUCAGUGCCGCAAAUUAAUACAAGUAAUGCACUCACAGCAGCUACCUUAAAACGUACUCCAAGUUCUACAAUAGGAAAUCAGAUGAUAACUAAAGUAAUAAUAAAAAGUAAUCCAACAACUCAUCAGCCUGCAGUAACUCCUAUAGCUGGAUCAUUAACAGCAACAAAUACUGGUACUUUAAUUGCAAGUGAUAACUUAGGACAACAAUCAACGAUUUUAUUGGCUAGUCCUACAAAAACAUAUACCAUGUCAAAAUCAUCAGGAACUCUUGGAACACCUAGAAUUAUUAGAUCUGUUCCCAGUACACCACCUAAACAGAAUGUUGUCAUGUUUUCAAGAGUGAAAGGUAAAGUAACCAGUCCUAUCUCAUUUGCUAAAUCGCCACAGAGAAUAGCACCAGCACCUAGCACUGGAUGUUUAAUUCCUGGUUCUAAAGUUACCAUAGUUACUGCUGCUGCUGCUGCAGUAUCAUCAUCAGCAUUAGCCACAACAAUAGCAAAACCUGUUACAACUCCAUCUUCUCCAACAAAAGUCAUUCUGAAACCUGUUGUUCCAACAACAAUGAAACCAGGUACCAAUGUUUCCACGAAUCAGACAAAUACAGUUUUAAGUAAUGUUGAUAAUCCUACUACAGGAAAGCAAGUAGUACCUGUAACAGGAAAUACAGUUCAACAAAUUCAGGUACCAGGCAGUAAAUUUCAUUAUGUAAGAUUAGUAACACCUCCAUCGCAAAAUAUUUCGGGUACAGGAAAUAAACAAGCUACACUUAUUCCUGUAACAACAAGGCCAAUAGUGACUGCUGCUACUACUACAGUAAAUAAUAGUAGUCAGCAGCAAUCUUCUUCAAUAUCUUCUGUUGUAAAUGUUUCAUCUGGUGCUCCUGUUAAACUUACUCUUCCUAUUUCUCCUGUCAUUGCAGGUCAAACUCAGGUAACAUCUAAAUCAUCAUCCGUACCUCAGCGUAUGCUUAUUCCUGCAUCUAGCGUAACUUCUACAUCACGAACUAAUACAUCUAUGCCCACAAUGGCUCUUCGACAAUUGCCUGCAGGUACAUUAAUACCAGCUGCCGGGGGUAGUAUUCUUAUGGUCCCUGCCCAAUAUAAUAUUGCACAAUUACAGCAAACAAAUCAGUCUCAAUCAAAUACUUUAGCUGGAACACAAAUGCUGAUUCAGUCAGUUCAGCCUCACAAUAUUUUACCUUCCCCAACUCCAGGAAACAAUAAUAAUUCUAAUGUUCAACAAACAAACUAUGUACCAGUUGCAGCUGCAACAACCAAUCAAAUAUUUGAUCACAAUUCAUCUCAAAGCUUAUCUUCAUAUUCACGAAAUCAUAUUAAUGGUAGAUCAACAGAAAGUGGAGAUUCUAGACCACGUAAACCAUGUAACUGUACAAAAUCUCAAUGUUUGAAACUUUACUGUGAUUGUUUUGCAAAUGGAGAAUUCUGCAAUAAUUGCAACUGUAAUAAUUGUUCCAAUAAUUUGGAACACGAAGAAGAAAGACAGAAAGCAAUUAAGGCAUGUUUAGAUAGAAACCCACUUGCCUUUCAUCCAAAAAUAGGGAAAGGUAAAGACGGUGAUCAUGAAAGAAGGCAUACAAAGGGUUGUAACUGCAAACGCUCAGGUUGUUUAAAGAAUUAUUGUGAAUGUUAUGAGGCAAAAAUAUUAUGUACUAAUUUAUGUAAAUGUGUUGGUUGUAAAAAUUUUGAAGAUAGUUCAGAAAGAAAAACUUUAAUGCAUUUAGCUGAUGCUGCUGAGGUUAGAGUGCAACAGCAAGCAGCAGCUAAAACAAAAAUUUCUUCACAAAUUCAAGAUCUUCCCACAAGACCACCAAUAAUUUCUACUACUGGUGAAAGAUUGCCAUUUGCUUUUAUAACACAAGAAGUGGUUGAAGCAACUUGCCAAUGUUUAUUAGCUCAAGCCGAAGAUGGCGAGAGAUCUGGACUGCCUGUGUCCACACUCGAAAGGCUGGUUUUAGAAGAAUUUGGAAGAUGUUUGAUGCAAAUAAUUGAAUAUGCAAAUAAAACUAAAGUUUCCAAUACAUAAUGUAUAGCAACUUUAUUUGUGCUCUCAAUAACACUCAAAAGAUAAACAAAAAUGGGAAUGAUACUAGUCAUUUGCGUGGACGUCGACAUGUUCGUCCCUCAAGAAGUUUCCCAAAAUCGAAUAGACAGACUCACGAGUGGGAUUUGUGCCUAAGCAGUAAAGAUUUUCGCAAAAAAUUCGACAUGUUGAAAGUUGCCACUCAUUACAUAUCGCUAUGAAAUAACAUCUAUAUACAUAUAUUUAAAAAAUAUAUAAUUAUAAAUAUGAAAUAACUCUAUAGAAUCAUCCCGUUUCAUAUAUGAAAGAAUGUUUUAUUUAGUUUUAAGGAGUGAAAGAAGUGUUGUAUUAUACAAGUUCAGUCAGACAAUAGCAUUUUAUGUGGAUAAAUUAAUAUUAUGCAAGAUACUUUUAUUAAUGUUGUUACAAAGUUUGUGCCAGAUUACAUAACACGCUUGCAAUUUUAACAUUUUUAUUGAAGAUGUACAAAGCCCAAUAUUUGUGAAAUUUAAUUAUAUAUAUAUAUAUAUAUUAUAUUAUAUUAUUAUUAUUAUUAAUGAACAUAAAAGCAUUGUAAAUUUUAAGUUAAGUUAAGGAUGGGCAAAUAAGUAUUGUUAAAUAGUGGUAAUUUUUUAGCAUUCUGCAGGGUUUGUGAAUAACAGUUGUUAUUUAAUCCUAAAUGUCCAAUGGUUUUAAAAAACAGGAGAAUUAAAAUAGCAUUUUUUUAUGCCCCAAUAUAUUGUAUAGUGUAAACAUUAAUUUUAUCUUUUAAUUGUAGUGCUAUGUCUAAUAAACAGUUUCUGAAACA